UGAUGGUGAUGUUUUAUUUUUAUGGGUCACACUGGGUCAUAAUGAAUUUAUUGGAUAUCAGAUCUUCAUUGAUGAAAGAUAAUUGAUUGAUGGCUUUAGCUUACUCUUGAUGUACCCUUUGAUGGAUAUGUCAUUCCAUUUGUCUAUUUUAAAUGUCUUUGGGGUAUGAAUGAUGAGCUAAUCAUCCAAUUUUUAUAUGAUUAUUGGUUUUUUAAAUAUAGCCAUCAGAACAUGGAUGGUGCCCAACAUGGCUCAAGCCGUGGCCCCUAUCCCAUGGACAUGCCACAGCGCCCGACUGUUACGAUCAAGACCAAUUCUGCUGAUAAGGUCAUGUUGAUGGAGAAGAAGACAUCACUUUAUGCCGGUCCCACCUUCCAUAACUCGCCUGCCCCAACCAGUCUUCCCAUCCCUGCUUUUUCUCGCUCGGCCGGUAACAGCCCCACUGAGCCCACUGUUGACAGACUGCCUUCGUCCCCUUUCUUUGCCGAAGCGGCUUCUCCCCAGCUCAACAGUAUGCGACCAUUCACUGUACCUUCGCCCACGGAAGGUUGGACCGGCCACUACUCCAUGCCUUUGACCCAUGGCUAUAAUGUUCCUGACCGCAUGGCAACCUCAAGCUUUACCCCACAUGGUCCUGCACCGGACAGUGUUGCUCACUUGAUGGAAAUUAGUCAGAGUCUCCGCAACUUGCUGAAGAUCCAAAGCCAAUAGUUUAUUUGAUCUUUUCUCUCAUUUUUGCUUCUUGCUUUCCUUCCUUCCUUCCAUUGCGUCUCUUUUGGUUUUUAUUUUUUUAUUUUUCCUUUAUUUUUUAUUUUAUUUUCAUACCCUUUUCUUUUUAACUCUAUCAUCUUUUUCUUUUUCCUUUUUUCCUUUUUUGAUUUGUCCUUUUCCAUUUUUCUUUUUCUUUCUAUCCAGGCAUGUUAUUUUGUUUGCCAAUAUGGAUAGUGUCCGGGUCGUGUGCACUCAUCAUGUAGCCCGAAAUUUUAGUAUAUGCAGUGCAUAAGGGUUCUCAUGAAUGGGUUGAACAUA